UCCUCCCUUUAUCCAUUCUCGCUGACAGGUGUCCUUGAGCAGGGGCACGAGCCUGGCAAAGGGCCAGGUCACCAUGAGGGCGCUCUUCUUGUUUCUUGCACUCUGGGCAAGGCUGGCUCCUGCCCAGGGUUCUCAAGGCCGUCCCUCAUGGCGUUACAUCUCCUCUGAGGUGGUCAUUCCCAGGAAGGAGUUGCACCAUGGCAAAGGUGUUCAGAUGCCAGGCUGGCUGUCCUACAGCCUUCGUUUUGGGGGUAAGAGACACGUUAUCCACAUGCGGCGCAAGAAACUGUUUUGGUCUAGACAUCUGCUGAUGAUGACUCAGGAUGACCAAGGAGCCUUGCAGAUGGACUACCCGUUCAUCCCUCCAGAUUGUUACUACCUCGGCUACCUGGAGGAGAUUCCUCUUUCCAUGGUCACCGUGGACACGUGUUAUGGGGGUCUUGAAGGUAUCAUGAAGUUGGAUGACCUUGCCUAUGAAAUCAAACCCCUCAGCAAUUCCCGAAGGUUUGAACACAUUGUUUCUCAGAUAGUGGCAGACACCAAUGCAACAGGACCUACCUAUAAAUUGGGACAUAAAGAGAUUAAGGAGCCCCUAUUCUCUGAAGAAAUUUCCAAUCCAGCCCCCAGGAUCAAUAAUAGGAUCUUUUCCUCCCAUAAAUCCAUGAUCAAAGGAUUUGCUCAAAGUUCCAAUUCAAUGUAUCGUUUAUAUAAUAAUGUAACAAUGUGUGCAAAAUUUCUGAUAGACAUGGUUAGUUUAAUGGACUCGAUAUAUAAAGGUCUUGAUAUAAAGUUCCAUCUUACUGCAGUCCUUAUAUUUGAUAUAAGAGAUCCAGUCAACAUGAAUGAUUACAGAUUGCCAGCUGGUGAAUACCACAGAUUUCACGCUACCUACUUGUUCAACAUCAUAAACCCUAGUUCAUCCUUCGUUGUGGUUAAAGAAGGACCACAAGACUAUCAAAAUGAUCCUGCAACCUUUGCUUUAUGCUCUCCUCGAUGCCUACAUAUGGUUGGUCACCUCGGCAGACAUUAUUUAUUGUUAGCUGUGAUAAUUUCCCAAUACUGUGGGAGAUCCAUUGGUCUGUAUUUUGAUAAUCAUGAGUGCAGUUGCCAGCGGAGGUCCAGCUGCAUCAUGUACAGAUACCCUGUGUUGACAGAUUCCUUUAGUAACUGUUCUUUUGGACACUUACAAAACAUUCUGAAUAUUAACAAGCAUUGCCUAUUCAAUGAAAGGGUGGUAUUCUUUAAUACAAGUCUGACACAUGUACGUUGUGGAAACUCUAUAGUAGAGGACAGGGAGCAGUGUGACUGUGGCUCCAUCAAGCAGUGUGCCAGCAACCCCUGCUGUAGUAACAACUGCAAACUUGAAAGUACAUUUCUUUGUGACAAAGGGCUAUGUUGUACAAACUGCACCUUCUCUGCAGUUGGGACUCUCUGUAGACCAAUCCGAAAUAUCUGUGACCUUCCAGAGUAUUGCACGGGCAGAUCCCCUCAGUGCCCUAAUAAUUUCUAUAUGCAAGAUGGAACCCCGUGCACUGAAGAGGGCUACUGCUAUCACGGAAACUGCACUGACCGCACUGUGCACUGCCAAGAAAUCUUUGGUGCAAACACUGUGGGGGGGCCAGAUGUCUGCUACGAAAUUAAUAAAAAAGGCCACCGAUUUGGACACUGUAAAAGAGAGUUUGUAGCCAGACUAUUUAUUCGUUGUGGUGACCAAGAUGUCAAGUGUGGAAGGCUGCAGUGUGCCAAUGUCACUCAUCUCCCUCGGUUGCAAGAACAUGUGGGAUUCCAUCAGUCUAAGAUCUCAGGUGUCUGGUGUUGGGGAUUGGACACACAUCGCUCCACAGGAACAACUGAUGUUGGUCAUGUGAGACCUGGUACCCCCUGUGCUCCUGGAAAGUUCUGUGAGAAUUCUACCUGCAAUGCUACUAUAGGUGAAAUAAAUUACAACUGUUUCCCUGAGAAAUGCAACCGCAGGGGUAUUUGCAACAAUAACAGGAACUGUCAUUGCCACAUAGGCUGGGAUCCCCCAUUCUGCAAAUUGCAAGGUAAAGGAGGGAGUAUAGACAGUGGACCCCCUCCAAGAAGAAUGCGGUCAGUCAGGCAAAGUCAUGAAUCGGUGAUAUAUUUGAGAGUGGUCUUUGCUCGCAUUUAUGCCUUAAUAGCUGCGCUCCUCUUUGGCAUUGCCACCAAUGUAAAAUCUAUCAAGACAGUUAUAGUAAGGGAAGAGAACGUUGGUGAAGCCAAUCCAUAAAUCAGCCUCCAGACCCCUGAACAGCAACAUGCAAUCCACAGGAGCAUGAAUGAAACUACAGUAAAGAGGUAGCAAAGCUGACAUCUAUGUUUCCAGGGAUCUGCAGGAGACACAGGGGUCCCGUGCAUCACAGGGCUCUCAAACCAGGUCUGUGAUAUGUCACUGAG